AUGGUCGCUGCGCUAUCACCUCGACUCACGCCUUCCGACUCUGAUCAAGAGCAUGAUGUUGACGCUCUUCCCACAGACUACAAGCCAUACGUACCGCUGAAGAAGCGUCGGGCGGACCUGCUGUCUCAAUUAGGCAAGCAUAAAGCCAAGCGGGUCAAGACGACAGAAGAGAUCGAGGCCGAGGAAGAACACCAUCGUCGUGAGUCUGAGCGAGACGCGGACGAGAGAGAAAAGGAAAAGACGAGAAGGGAUCGGACUUUGCUACAGGCUGCUCAAGAAGUCAAAGAGCGAAAAGCCAAGGAGAAUGCCGACAAGAGCGCCGCCGAGUUGGCCGCCGAGGAGGAGGCGAGGCUUCUGGCCGAUAUGGAGAGGGCGCAGAAGAAGUUGGCAGGUGCAAAGGAGAUAUCACAAGGGACAGUAUGGACGGAUAGCUUGAAGACGACUUGGAGAGCACCUUGGUUCAUUCGUAAUAUGAGCCAAGAGGAGCAUGAAGCUGUCAGAGAUAAAUAUCACAUUAUUUGUGAAGGGGACGACUUACCUCCGCCUGUCCAGAACUUUGUUGAUAUGAAAAUACCUAAACCCAUACUUGACUAUCUACUCAAUAAAGGGAUCAAGAAACCCACACCCAUCCAAAUUCAAGGUCUUCCCACUGCUUUCUCCGGACGAGACAUGAUCGGAAUAGCAUUCACAGGAUCAGGCAAAACACUCACUUUCACCUUACCCGCCAUUAUGCUCGCUCUUGAAGCCGAAAUGCGAUUACCAUUCGUUCGUGGUGAAGGUCCAGUAGGAUUGAUCAUUUGUCCCUCUCGCGAAUUAGCUCGACAAACAUAUGAAGGAUGUCAAGCCAUGUGCAAAGCUUUGUCAGAUUCUGGCGAUUAUCCCGAAUUACGUUCUCUUCUCUGUAUUGGAGGUAUCAGUAUGGCCGAUCAAGCCGACGUUUUGAAUCGUGGAGUUCAUAUUGCUGUAGCUACACCAGGACGAUUGAUCGAUAUGCUCGAUAAAGGCAAGAUCAACGCUCACUCAUGCAAGUAUCUAUGUAUGGAUGAAGCUGAUAGAAUGAUCGACAUGGGUUUUGAGGAUGAUGUGAGGAGUAUCAUGAGUCAUUUCAAAUAUCAACGACAAACUCUGUUAUUCUCCGCUACGAUGCCUAGGAAGAUACAAGAUUUCGCUCAGCAAAGUUUGAUAAACCCUAUUUUGGUCAAUGUUGGUAGAGCGGGAGCUGCGAACAUGGAUGUGAUACAAGAGGUGGAAUAUGUGAAACAAGAAGCGAAAAUGGUUUAUCUGCUGGAAUGUUUACAGAAGACACCACCACCGGUGAUCAUCUUCAGCGAUAGCAAGAAUGAAGUGGAUGACAUACAAGAGUAUCUACUGCUGAAAGGUGUCGAAGCGGUUGCCAUCCAUGGUAGUAAGACACAAGAAGAACGAGAAUACGCCAUUCGAUCCUUCAAGGGAGGUGCGAAAGAUGUCAUGGUCGCUUCGGGCGUAGCUUCCAAAGGUCUCGACUUCAACGAGAUUCAACAUGUCAUCGUAUAUUCAAUGCCUAAGGAGAUCGAAGAUUAUGUGCAUGAGAUAGGACGGACAGGUCGGUCGGGCAAGACUGGGAUAGCGACGACAUUUGUGAAUAUGAACACAAGCGAGCAGACUUUGCUGGAUCUCAAAUAUCUGUUAAUUGAAGCUAAACAAAAGAUCCCAGAGUUUUUAUUGUCCAUAGAAGAUCCACGAGCGAAGCAAGGAGGAAAUGUCAAAGGGUGUGCUAUCUGUGGUGGAUUAGGUCAUGGGAUUGCGGAUUGUCCAAAACUUCAAGAAGCUCAGAGAAGGACUCAAGCUGCUCAGAACCAGUAUUCUGGUGGAGGCUAUUAG